UACAAGUGUCACAAUUGCUGAAAUGUUUAAGUUUGUUGUAGUGUUGGCUUUGGCCGUUUGCGCGGUGGUGUUAGCUGAUGAUGGAGUGGAACCCAUCACCCUGAACUACCAUGAGGAGGUGGGGAUCCCCGAGGCGAGGCGGAUCAAGAACCUGGAAGAUGCUUUUGACGCCAUGAAGAUAGUUGGUGGCACCGCUGCCCCCCUGGGACAAUACCCGUACCAGGCCGGUCUGGUGAUCACGCUAACCACGGGAGCCACGUCGGUGUGCGGCGCCUCUCUGCUGUCCAACACGCGCCUCGUCACCGCCGGCCACUGCUGGCGGGACCUGUACAACCAGGCCAGGAUGUUCCAGGUGGUCCUAGGCUCCACUCGGCUGUUCUCCGGAGGCACCCGCGUCAACACCAACCAGGUGCAGACGCACGCCAACUACAACCUCAACAAUCUGAACAACGACAUCGCCAUGGUCGUCAUCCCGAGGAUCAACUUCAACAACAACAUCCAGCCGAUCCCCAUCGCGACCGGCAACAACGACUUCGUGGGCAACUGGGUGCUCGCCUCCGGGUUCGGCAGGACCAGUGACUCGGCCGGCAUCUCCAACAACCAGUUCCUGAGCCACGUGACCCUCCAAGUGGCCAGCAACAGCGUCUGCGCCGCGUCCUACGGCAGCAGCACCGUGGUCGCGUCCACGCUGUGCACCAGCGGCGCCGGCGGACGCGGCACGUGCGGCGGAGACUCCGGCGGCCCCAUCGCUGUUACUAGCGGGGGACGGAGGGUCUUGGUGGGUGUGGUGUCGUUUGGCUCGAGCCGCGGCUGCGCCAUCGGGCUGCCGGCGGGGCACGCGCGAGUCACCUCCUUCGCCAGCUGGAUCCAGGCGCGCAUGUGAACAGACACGGAUUAUUGAAUAUUGGAAAACUAAUACAAAUAUAAAAAUGA